AUGCCGGAAGGGGACAACAUUCAGCCCGACGGUAACCUGCUGUACGAGCGGCUGGAGGCCCAGAACGCGAGGAUGAUGGAGUUGCUGGAGCGCUUCAACCUGCCAGACGGUUCCAGUCGGACUUCAAACGGUCCGGAAUUCAUCAUCGAAACACUGGCGUCCAACAUCCGGGAGUUCGUCUACGAUCCCGACAACGGUCUCGUAUUUGACCGGUGGUACCGCAAGUACGAAGACCUCUUCCUCAAGGACGGCGCGAAGCUCGACGACGCAGCUAAAGUCCGGUUGCUGCUGAGAAGCCUCAACGUGGCCGUGCACGACAAGUACGUCAACUUCGUGCUCCCGAAGCAUCCCCGUGACAUCGAGUUCAAGGAGACGGUGAAGAAGCUGACCGAGCUCUUCAGUGUCCAAGCCUCGCUGUUCAGCAAACGAUACCAGUGCUUUCAACUGUCCAAGAGCGAGUCGGACGACUUCGUGACAUACGCUGGCAUCGUCAACAAGCACUGCGCAGACUUCGAACUCAAGAAACUCACGGCGGACCAAUUCAAGAGCCUGCUGUUCAUCUGCUGUUUGCGCUCUUCAAAAGAUGCCGACAUCCACACGAGACUCCUGUCCAUGCUCGAGGUCAACGCGGAGGGCGCAUGUACUUUGGAAGCAUUGAUCACCGAAUGCCAUCGCCUCCAAAACCUCAAGCACGACACCGCCAUGGUGGAACACAAGCCGAUAAGCCCAGUCUGCGCGGUCAAGCAAGAUCGGAACAAGCCUUCACCGACGACGUGUUCCAGCUCCAGCGACAGCCAGUCAACGAAAACACAGUCCGCCCUACCACCAUCACCCUGCUGGUGCUGUGGCGACAUGCAUUUCGUUCGAGACUGCGCCUACAAACAGCACGUCUGCCAGGACUGCAUGCAGACCGGCCACAAGGAAGGUUACUGCAGCUGCGUGCCCAAGAAUCCUAAGAACAAGCAGCAGACGAACGUCAACAUCCUGUAUGCCGCCAACCGGGUCAACUCUACCUCGAAGCGUAAGUUCCUGACGGUGAGCAUCAACGGUUCCCAAGCAUCUCUGCAGUUCGACACCGGCUCGGACAUCACAGUGAUCUCGCGGAAGCAGUGGUGCGACAACUUGGAUUCACCGCCGCUGUCUCCCACCAAGCAGAUUGCCAGAACAGCCUCUGGUAAGUCACUGUCCCUACUCGGUGAGCUCCGAUGCCAAGUCACACUCGGAGGCGUCACCAUAACCGGAACUUUCUACGUGACUGACAAGCAGAUCAACCUGUUCGGUCUCGACUGGAUCGAGCUAUUUGAGCUGUGGGACACCCCGAUGUCAGCAGUAUGCAGCGGCGUCACUGGAAAGCUUAACCGCGUCAAGCAGCAGCGUUCUCUUGCAGUCAAAUCGCAAGGGGAGGCAAACACGAAAACAGGUCUAGGUGCAACCGACGCAGCUUCCAGCCAGUCCGAAUCCACGGCAUGGUACGAAGAACAUCUCCGCUGGUACUGUUCCCAAUAUCUCACCGCUUGAAGAUGGCGAGCGAUCUGGAUCACAUCAAGUCGCACCCUGUGCUGGUCUUAAGGGGGAGAUGUUGCACACCCUGGACUAACGAAGCAACCCAUUCAAGCAAUCGAAGCAACCAUCAAUCAAUCAAGCGAUCAUUCUACAUCUGACACUCGAUCAAGCAAGAAUCAAAUAAAUCAGCUCUCACGAAAUACAACAUGAACACAGCCGCCGACAAAGAUCGAUUACCGGGCACCGAUUAAUUAUUACUGCUUGGUAUAAAGUACCCGAAUAACUUCAGACGACACGACAUAUUAAUUACCUCAACAGUUUCGAGCACAAUUUCAUUCUCAUGUACCACAGUUUGAACUCCAGUUAACGAACGUCCUUCCCUCCAACAGAGCACGAUCAAGCAGCGCCAGAAGGAGUUUGAAUGGACCGCACGCGAAAUCGAGGACCAACUGGCCCAGGAAGAGGCCCGCGAUGAGCGCAAAAGGCGCGAGUACGAACAG